ACCUUUUUGUCGGAAUCUGCCCUCUUUCACUCCCUUAUUAUGCAGGUUCUUUAAACAACUGGUUACACUUGAGUGCUACCAAUAUCCUAACUCAAAGAGAGAUUUUUUUUUUUGUUGAAACGAAUGGAUAUGUUCCGCGCAUUCAACAUCCAUGUAUCUAAGCAUGGAUGAAUCAGCCUCAUCGUCUUCUUCCUCGUCAUCUGCCAUUCAACUCGGUGGUCGAGCCAUCGAUCGCCAUAAUCCCAUCAUCCGAGACGCUAAACGGUUCAACACAAAUCCUUUGCCUUCCAACCAGAGGAAGAAUGGGAAAGGGUCUUCUUCAAGCAAGUCGAAAAAUGAUCAUAAAAAGACUUGUCCGUCUGUUUCAGCCAAGUCCAAUGACCAAAAGAAGACGAGCUCAACUAAGAAGAGUUGGUUGAAGGAAACCGGUAAUGGAAAGGCCAACGGGAUUGAUCUUGUCACCCCUCCUGGUUCCUCAAGGUAUCUUUUGGGUGAUUCUGUUUUUUUAUCAGAUUAUGAUCCAGUUUGGGCAUUGGUUCCUGCUGAGGAAAACAAGAUGAUUCAAGCUGUAACACAAGAACGUUCCAUCAUUUCCAAAUCCUCUUCCCCCUCUUUCAAUCAGAAGCCUCCCAGAGACCAGGUUGUGGUUUUAAGGGUGUCAUUGCACUGCAAAGGAUGUGAAGGAAAACUGUGGAAGCAUCUAUCAAGAAUGGAAGGUGUGGCGUCCUUCAACAUUGACUUCAAGGCGAAGAAGGUGACAAUCAUGGGAGAGGUAACGCCGUCGAGAGUACUUGCUAGCGUCUCAAAGGUGAAGAAUGCACAAUUCUAGACAUCUGCAACUGCAACACCACCUCUUGCCUCCACCAAGAAAUGAUGUAAUCAUCUUAUUAAUCUUUGAAUUCAAAAUUGUUUACAAAUUAGACUGCUUUUGGGCGUGAAACUGAUGAAUUUUAGUGUUCGUAUGGAACUUGGUAUUGUUAGCCGAAUCAGAAUCACUGUUGCUUUGAACAAAGUAA